UUGAGUUACUAUUCAUUAGUGGUUCUCACACUCCUCCAAGUGCAAGCGGGGAAGUUUCAAGUCCUUCUUUUACCCCACUCUCCAUUCUAUAACCUUUGUGUUUAGUUAUUGUUUGCUAGGUUUUCGUCUAUGUCUUUUUGCACAAAUCAUCGCCCUUGUGUUUUCUUAUUGUUCGCUAGGAUUUUGUCUAUGGAUUUUUUCACAAAUCAUCGCCAUUGUGUUAUUAUCGCCUUUGUGUUUGGUUAUUGUUCGCUAGGUUUUCGUCUAUGUAUGUAUUGAUAUAUAAAAGCCUAGGUUUGAAUUACUAUUCAUUAGUGGCUCUCACACUCCUCCAAGUGCAAGUGAUGAAGUUUCAAGUCCUUCUUUUACCACACUCUCCAUUCUCCAACUUUUGUGUUUAGUUAUUGUUCUCUAGGUUUUCGUCGAAUUUUCAAGUCCUUCUUUUACCCCUCUCCAUUCUACAACCUUUGUGUUUAGUUAUUGUUUGCUAGGUUUUCGUCUAUGUCUUUUUGCCCAAAUCAUCGCCUUUGUGUUUUGUUAUUGUUCGCUAGGAUUUCGUCUAUGACUUUUUGCACAAAUCACCGCCUUUGUGUUAUUAUCGCCUUUGUGUUUGGUUAUUGUUCACUAGGUUUUCGUCUAUGACUUUUUGCACCCACCUUUCCCCACCACUUUGCAUGUCAUCUCGAAAUACUGUCGGCGGGAUCCUAAGUAGUUCCCCACCACCGUUUUCUAAGGCCGCUACUACGAGUUUUUUAUCGGGACCGAGUUUCAUCCUCUUCAGUGUUUUUUUCUUUCUUUUCUUCCUUUUUGUUGAGUAACCCAAACACAUGGGUAUCCUAUAUAUCUUGAACAUAAAUCAUCGUCUUUGCCCAUCAUUUUGCAGCACAUCUCGAAAUACUGUCGGCGGAAUCCUAAGUUGUUCCCCGCCACCAUUUCCCAAGGCCACUACCACGAGUUUUGUAUCUGGACCGAGUUUCAUCAUCUUUAGUGUUUUUUCCCCUUUUUGUUGAGCAUGAUCACAAUUGAACCCAAACACAUGAGUAUCCUAACUUGAACUCAAAUCAUCGCUUUUGCCCAUCCUUUUGCAGCCCUUCUCGAAAUAUUGUCGGCGAAAUCCUAAGUUGUUCUCUACCAUCGUUUCCCAAGGCUGCUACCACGAGUUUUGUAUCGGGACCGAGUUUCAUUAUCUUUAGUGUUUUUUUCUUUCUCAUUUUCCUUUUUGUUGAGCAUGAUCACAAUUGAACCCAAUAUCACUACCGAAAAUUCAUACCAUAUCUACUCAAUGUUGGCGAGUUUUGUAUCAGGACCGAAUUUCGUUUGCUUCUAGUAUUUUUUUCAUUCACUUUUCCUUUUUGUUUAGCAUGAUCACAAUUGAACUCAAAUCCAUGAGUGUCCAACCUAAUUCGAUUCGGUCAAAGCGUCUUGAAACGGACUUUAGUAUUUAUAAAUUUCUCUUUCUUCUUCUUUUGGUUGGGAAGACAAUUAAACCCGAACUUAAGGUUUUGACGAGUGUUAUAUUGUGAGCGAGCUUUAUCAGCUUUUGUAGUUGACAGGUUGAACCAAAUGUUAAUUUGUUAAAAAAUUGUUCAAAGCGAGUCGAACACAUUGUUGAUAAGUUUUAGAUCGAAAGCAAGUUUUGUACGCUUUAAUGUUUUUUAUUUCUCAUUUUCCUUUUCGUUGAGAAUGACAAUUGAACUCUGACCCAUUGUUGAUACGUUUCGUAUCGAGAGCGAGCAAAUUUUAUCUGCUUUUGUAAUUGAAAUGUUGGGUAAAUUGUGAAUUUGUUAAAUCUUGGUCACCCAGGUCAAAGUGAGUUGAAUGAAGUGUUGAGAGUUUGGGGUCAUAAGCGAGUUUUAUCCGCUCUAGUAUUUUUUUAUCCUUUUCCUUUUGGUUGAGAAUAACAAUUGAGUCCAAACGCAUGGGUAUACAACCUAAUUCGACCCGACCAAAGCGACUUGAACCCAAUUUUACAGGUUUUCGACGGGAGCGAGUUUUAUCUGUUUUAGUAACUAGCAUGUUGUGUCAGGUGUGAAUUUGUCCAACACUCGGUCCAAUCAGGUUAAAGCGAGUUGAACUUGCUAUUGAUGAGUUUUGAGUCAGUAGCGAGUUUUAGCUUUAGUGUUUUUCAUUUCGUUUUUUCUUUUUGUUUGAGAAAGACAAUUAAACCCAAAUCCAUGGGUAUCCAACCUAAUUUGACCUGAUCAAUGCGAGUCGAACCUCCUCAAACCUGUAAUCAGUCAAAAAAAUUCAUAAUUGAGAACCACGAUUACCUCAAACCCAAAGAAAAGGCAAAAAAGUACGUCUAUGUUUGGCCUGAAUUUUAGAAGUUUUAUGUCUCAAAAGUUGAAGCCAAGCUAAACACUUCUAAAGUUUGGUUUUUUUAAAAAUUGAAUUUUUUCGUAACUUAAAAGCAGAAGUUCCAAUUUGAAAAUGCAAAAUUAUCCUUACCAUAUAUUAUUCUUUUUCUAGAAAAUAUAAUUUUCUUUCAUUUAUAUCAUUCUAAAAAAAAUAAUUAAAAAAAUAAUAUUAUUUAGUAUGAAAUAAAUCUAACGUGAUCCAUUUUAAAUACUUUUUUUAUUUUUAGAAUUUGUAUUCAUAUUUUAUGUUAUAAAUAUUUUAUAGUUAUUUUUCACUGUCUCUUAUAUUAGAAAAUAAUUCUGAUAAUUUAAACAUAAUUAAUCUAUUCGACGACUCUUCUACGUUAUGCAAGUUCAUCGACCAUAUGAUAUUGUAAAUAACAACCUAUUAAAAGAAUGAUUAAUAUUGGAAAGGUAGCAAGCUGUUUGUUUGUACUCCCGCCAGGCCGCCACUGACUUUCAACACUAACCCGCCAUCUGAAUAUUCCUGUCAAUCUCAGUCUCAGUCUCAGUCUCAGUCUCCGCCUCCACUGAUAUUGCUAUAGUCACUCGCGCUCUCUCAGUCUCCGCCGUAGUUCUCGUUUCUGCCCAUUUGGAAUCGGCGACGGAUUCAUCGUCGGAGAAAAAGAAUCGAAGAAGCAGAGGUCUAUGGCUUCAUCGGAGGAGCAGGCCUCGCUUCUCGAACACGGUCCGUCUUCACGCCACAAUCAGGGUGAGCGUAGUGGAUUGCACACUGGAGAUGGCUCGGUUGACAUCAAUGGAAGGCCAGUUCUCAAGCAGAACACUGGAAAUUGGAAAGCAUGUCCUUUCAUCUUGGGGACGGAGUGUUGUGAACGGUUGGCCUACUACGGGAUUGCUAAGAAUCUCGUGACUUAUCUUACUACGAAUAUGCACGAGGGGAAUGUAUCGGCUGCAAGAACUGUUUCUACGUGGUCUGGCACUUGCUACAUUACGCCACUCAUUGGGGCUGCACUGGCAGAUGCAUACUGGGGGAGGUAUUGGACCAUUGCGGCUUUCUCGACGAUUUACUUCAUUGGAAUGUGCACCUUGACUCUAUCAGCAUCGGUUCCAUUUCUGAAGCCUUCCGAUUGUGUGGGUUCACUCUGUCCUCCAGCAACUACCCUGCAAUAUGCUGUAUUCUUCUUUGGUCUAUACCUGAUCGCACUUGGGACAGGUGGCAUUAAACCUUGUGUUUCAUCGUUUGGGGCUGAUCAGUUCGAUGAUACUGAUGCCAUAGAGAGGGUGAACAAGGGUUCCUUCUUCAACUGGUUCUAUUUCUCGAUAAACAUCGGUGCUCUCAUUUCGAGCAGUUUGAUCGUUUACAUUCAAGAUAAUGUUGGGUGGGCUCUAGGGUUUGGUGUGCCUGCCAUAUUUAUGGGAAUUGCCAUAGCGACUUUCUUCUCUGGCACCCCACUCUAUAGGUUCCAGAGGCCAGGGGGAAGCCCUCUUACGAGAAUGUGCCAGGUCUUGGUUGCAUCUUUUCAUAAGUGGAAUCUAGAAGUGCCUUCUGACUCCACCCUCUUGUACGAAACACAAGAUGAAAUCUCUAGCGUCGAAGGCAGCCGUAAGCUGGAGCACAUUGAUGAAUUGAAAUGCCUUGAUAGAGCUUGCAUAGUAUCAGAUGCCGAGAUGAAAAGCUCAGACUUCUCAAACCCAUGGAGGCUCUGCACGGUGACACAGGUCGAGGAACUCAAAAUCCUGAUCCGCAUGUUCCCCAUCUGGGCCACAGGGAUCGUCUUUUCCGCAGUCUAUGCCCAGAUGUCCACCAUGUUCGUCGAGCAAGGCAUGCUGAUGGAUGCCACGAUCGGCUCCAUCAAAAUCCCUCCUGCCUCCUUAUCCACAUUCGAUGUCAUCAGCGUCAUCUUCUGGGUCCCGGUCUAUGACGCCUUCAUUGUCCCACUUGCCUCUCGUUUCACUGGAAACCCAAGGGGUUUCUCCGAGCUGCAGCGAAUGGGGAUUGGCCUGUUGAUCUCGAUCCUCGCCAUGGCAGCAGCAGCUCUCGUGGAGAUCAAGCGGCUCCAGCUCGCUGACGAGCUAGGACUGGUUGACCAAGCUGUGGUUGUCCCACUCAGCAUCUUCUGGCAGAUCCCACAAUUCAUGCUGGUGGGUGCUGCCGAGGUGUUCACUUUCAUUGGCCAGCUCGAGUUCUUCUACGAGCAGUCCCCUGAUGCGAUGCGGAGCCUGUGCAGUGCGCUGGCGCUGCUGACGACAUCAUUGGGGAACUACCUGAACUCGUUUAUCCUGACUAUCGUGGUGCAUUUCACCACGAAGGGUGGGUUGGAGCCAGGGUGGAUACCAGAUAACUUGAACGAGGGGCAUCUCGAUUACUUCUUCUGGUUGUUGGCUGGGUUAAGCUUUGCAAAUCUGGUGGUUUAUAUCGCGUGUUCCAGGAGUUAUAGACAGAAGAAGGCUAUCUAGCCAGUGGCCUCGGAACGAAAUUGUUUGUAUAGUGUACACAGAUAUACUGAUUUCCUUUCCAGAUCCAAUAACCUUUUUUGCUUUAUUACUUUUACUUCCCGUUGUAAUCUUAUGUGUAUAUAACACAUUGUGUUCAUGAACAUGAAACCAUGGAGGUUUCUGAGAAGUUUUUUCUUUGAGCUUCUGAAUUAGUUAUUGUCCAGUUAAGGGAAAAUUGGCUAGAUUACAAUUUAACAUUACCCAAACCAAAUGGUUAGCUAAACUAUAAGCGUCUGAUCAAACUCCUGAAUCAGGUUAGAACCAUGACAUCCAUUCUACAAAACUAGAUGGGUAAGGGUUAAUACCACUACAACACCCGAACUAUCGCAAAAAUGUCACUUGUGUCCUAUUGUAUCAAAUAUUUCAUUCAUGUCAUGAACUAUUUUUCUGUUAAAGUUGACUCAUUUUGACCGUUAAUUUUUAACAGAAAGUCUAGUCAGCGUUGACGUGGCACAUAACGUGAAAUUUUAAUUUAUUUUUUAUUUAAUAAAAUAAUUCAAAUAAAGAACAAUGAAAAUAUUAAAAAAAAAACGUUCCAUCUCCUCCAUUCAUCCCGUCGGCCCUUUCUCCCCGUUCACCCUUCCCGACACUGCUGUUACUCCGCUCAACAACGACAGCAACACCAUUACCGUACCAGAAACUUCUUGCCUCCUCUUCCCGUUCACCCUUCCCGGCACUUGCUGCUACUCCGUUGAACCCCAAAUCCCAAUCUUAGCCUUCCUUUUCUCCCGUCGACCAUUUCGAAUUCCGACGAGAGAGAGAGAAAGCGAGCGGGAGAGUGGGGAAAUUGGAGAGAGCGGCGGAGAGUGAGUUCGGCGGUGUCUUGUUUCUGGAGGCCGAGAGGUAGGCUGUUGGCGACUGCAACCACCCUACAGCUUCCCCUCCGACGACCAGCAGCCCGGAAUCUAAAGCGGGCAACUCAACACCUUUUUCCAAUUCGAUCUGUUGGACUUCUCCGGAGUAGUUACUCUAAGUCGGAUGCGCAGAGGUACAACACCCAAUUUAUUAAUUCCUAAUUAGUUUCUCCCUACACAGGCAAAUGAAGGAAUGCGUAGAGGUCUAAAUAUUGUCCAUUAAGAGACCCUAGAAUUCGGAUCUCCUGGUUUUCAGAAUGUGGAUCUCCUUGAAUUUGAAUCAUCGAUGGGCCUUGCUUUGCCAAUAUGGAUCUUGCAGUAUUAUCCCGCCAUCAAUUGUGCAAUCUCUCGCGUCGUCUAUCUUGCCCACCUUUCCCUCGUCCACUGGAAAGAAGAAGAAAGAAGGAAGAGGGCGGAGAGGGUGAGGGCGGCGGCGGCCGUGAUUUGGUAGUUGUCGGAGGCUUUAGAGCCUUUGCCCGAGUUGGCCGGCAGUCGAAGCUAGGCGUGCCUCGUUCUUGACGGAGACGGUGAAGUCAUGGUGGUGGGGGUGGUAGAUGAUGUCCACGAUGGAUGAAGAUAAGUUGAAGCAAAAUUUAAAUUUAAUUUUUUUUAUUUUAUAUUAUAUUAUUUUUUUUAUUUUAACAUAAUUUUAUUAAAAAUAAUACAUAUGGCAAUGAGGU